GUUUGUUUUCGAAAUUCGUUUUACGUAGUUUCAGUCUCAAACGUAUUUCUUAAGAUGGCGAACGUGUUGACGUGUUUGUUCGGCGUUUUGUUAAUGACAGCUGUUGUCAGUGUCACAGCCGAAAAUGGAAUAACAAUCUUCAUCGAUGGCGGCAAAGAAUUUGACUCCAUGAAAGCAGAUGUGCAAGCAAUUCGGAGUGCCGAGAACAAAUUAAACAGAGACAUGUCAGAGAGAUUAAAAAAGAUCGAAGGUUCAAUUGAGCAGCUGACUAAACUCAUGGCGGAUUUGUCGAAAAAUGUGGAAUCUAUAAAGGUUAAUCGUAAAUGUCAAAUCAGUGUUUCUAAAGGAAAUGACCGAAAUAAUAAACUGAAAUGAAAAGAGAUUUGUACGUGAUGAUACUUUAAACUAAUCAUGUAUAAUAACAAACGCUGGCAAUUCAAAUGUAAAAUGUAAUUUAGCUCAAUUCAAUUAAAAUGUAAUUACCAUCAAUGUUGCUUACAAAAAUUUAUUCCAAAUUAAAAGAAGAAAUUAUUAAAAAUGUCAAUGGCAUUCUCAUAUGUGCUGUAGAAUAUGCCGAAUAUUAUACUAUAUGUGUAUAUGCUGUAGCUAUACUCAGUUUAUCAGGGCCGUUUUAUCAAUUUGACAUAUACAUAUAGAGGAAAUUCCAUUGAAACUGAGAUUAUGAGAAUAUACUGGCAAUAAUUUAUUAUA